CCAACUUACAAAGAGUUCGUCUAAAAGCAAGUCCUUUAAAGCUUUUAGACCGUGUUUCUCAUCUUUACUCUUAUUUCAAUCUUACCUUACCAUAAUGGCCGCCUCGAUCGCCCCCGAAUGCAACGAUAUUAAAGAGAAAUAUGACACCUGCUUUUUGAAGUGGUACAGUGAAAAAUAUCUUCGAGGCAACACCUCAUCAAAUGACUGCGAGGAGCUGUUCCAGAAGUACAAAACGUGUCUGCAUAAAUCUCUCAAAGAGAAAGGCAUUGACACGAUGCUCGAUGAUGCUCGGAAGAGCAGCAGUGAGACUGAUGCCGAGUUUCUGAAAAAAUCAUGAGACUUGACUGUUUCAUACCCGACACAUUUUCUGAUCUCUACUCUGUGCAUUUUCUGUGAUUACUUCUCGUCUGUUUUUGGUGGCGAAGACAUUGUUUAUUAAACUUGGGCGCAAACGGCAUAUAUAGGCAAGCGUGAUCUCUCUUCUCAUCAUACUAUCAAGGACCAAUGUAUCAAUAUAACGCCAUUUUUCAUCUUUUGCAAGA